GCCAUUCGGGGCCUUUUCGUCGCGGCUUUCGCGUUCGCUCUUAGAGCGCCGUCGGAGGGCCUCCGAAUCGAGAAGGGUGACCCGCGCAUGGCCGCGUCCUUCUCCUUCUCUGACGAGGAUUGUCGCGCGCGCAAGGCACGCGCGGUUGUAUUCUUCGCCGGCGGCCGUGUCAUCCUGCAUUUGAGUAGACGCAAACACGUCGACCAUCCCUCGCGCAUCGUGCGCAGCUGUUGGUGCGCGGCGUGCACAACCACUUGCCCCGUGCACGCCCUCGGGGCCUUCUUCCACCGCGCGCCGGCGGGCACCGCGCCGUUUGCGCACCUGUCGCGCGGGUGCAUUCUCAGCUUGGCGCGGCGGCUCGCCCAUGAGGCCGGCGAGCGCGACUCUGCGCACUUUUGCGCGAAGUCUUUCCGGCGUGGCCACGCGGAGACUUUACGCCGCAGCGGUGGUAGGCUCGCAGAGAUUCUCCGUGCGUGCUGCUGGCGCUCGGGCGCGUUCCUCGACUAUAUGGAUCGAGAAGAGCUCGAGGGCGACGCCAUGCUGGAGGCGCUGCAGACAGGCCAAGCACCUGCGCGCGUGCCGGGAUAG